UUGGGCGUUUGAUAGCUUGAAUAUUGACGCAGCCUUCCGACUCGGAGCGCCUGUUUGUCCAAUCCCGAAAACCACAGGGGUCCCCAGCAUGUUUUAGGAACCUGGAAACACCUGAGUUCGAAUGACAGUGACAGGUGGUCUUCUCACCAAGCCAAGUAGUCCGGUACUGAUACCGUUGGACAAUAGCUGUCACAUGAGUCCGGACUCGACGAGUAACUGAUGCGAUGUCAUCAACUAGCGACAAGGUCAAUUCUAUAAAGGAUACGUUCGGGAGUUUCACCCGUAGAAUUCGAUCGAAGGAAAUUCAAGGAAUCAAAUUUUGAAUUCAAAUUCGAGUCACGUGAUGUCGGUGCUUAAUCUAGACGUUCUCUUGGUUCCUUUCGAUAGCGAACAUGACAGUAGCAGCAAGAUGCACGCUAGGGCUUGCUUCCACUUCAUACAAGCUCCCUUUCAUGACUUCAGCAAUGAGAUAUAAAGGGCACCGUAAUGCCCGCUGUUUCUCAUCCACGUGUCGACGAGCAGCCCACUUGCGCGAUCACUAUGCAACCCUUGGAGUCUCAAUCACAGCGACGAAGGCUCAAAUAAAGACACAUUUCUACCAACUUAGCAAGAAAUAUCAUCCCGAUGUCAGUCAGGACAGUACGGCACGAGGAAAAUUUCACGCAGUGAGUGAAGCUUACGCAGUGCUCGGGGAUGAUCGGAAACGGCGAGAGUACGAUCGUAGUAUCCGCCACGCAUCACCGUCACAACCAUCCUCACACCACCCGCAAGCUACUACAACACGUCCCUCCAAUCGAUCAGGGUCGCGCAAUGCAUGGCAGAAUAAUGCACGUCAGCAUCAGCACCGUGACCCCAAGUCCAGCCAUGCGCAUGACCCAAACGCAGCUCAUGACCACCCAUGGGAGCAUGCUCGAGCAGGCAAAUAUACCUACUAUCAACCUCCCCCCGGCGCCCAUUCGCGCACGUCCUAUACGUGGUCGCACACAAAUCCAUUUUCCAGCCCACACGUCCAACGAGCAACCGGUCGCAUGUCUGCAUAUCCUUCAUCAGGAACGGGCCCGUCUGAUGGUAGCAAUGGAAAUAUGGCUAAAGAAACACCACGACCGAAAAGAACGCAAACGGACGAGGACACAGUUGCAGCGGAGAGUGUUAUAGGGCGUGUGUUUGCGGUGUCUGGACUUUUAACUUUCAUGUUAGUGAUAGCCCAGUUUGCGGGUGCGCCGUGGGGCAGUGCGCAUGCAUGAAUCAAUCAAAUUUGCGAUCAGUUUGUCGAAACGCAUAGAAACUUAGUUGGAAGCCUAAUACUACAACAGUACUUUCCUGAUACAUACAUUGACUGUCUGU